ACGAGGCGCAGGGUGGGAGGGAGCGGCUGCGCCGAGCUGCUCGUCCUCCCUUUCUCUCAGCAUCCUCCGGUGAUCGGGAGGUGAUACAGGCACAGCAGCAUCCAUGGCCUGCCCAUAGACACAGCGCUUAUUUUUUAUCUCCUUUUUAUCCUGGCAGCUGAGCAACCCCGGGAUCGGAGGUGUUUGAAGGGCUUAUGUGAAGCAGCUGGUUACUGGGAUCGUAUUCUCCUGGAUUUUUUCAGGCUCCUUGGAAAUUAAGGAAUGCAAUUCUGCCACCAUGAUGGAAGACCAUGACAUCAAAGUCAUCCCCCCGUGUUCACAUACAUGACACAUGGGGAACCAGGCACACAAGAACAGGACUGAAAAAACGUACAAGGAAGGCCUUUGGUAUACGCAAGAAAGAAAAGGAUACUGAUUCCACAGGGUCGCCGGACAGGGAUGGCAUCCCGCCCAGCCCUCAUCCCAAUGAGCCACCUUGCAAUAGCAAACCUGAGAGUGUGCAUGAAGGAGGAAAUAAAAAUUCGAAGAAAACAAAUGGUGCCCCCAAUGGAUUUUAUGCGGAGAUCGACUGGGACAGAUACAAUUCACCUGAGCUUGAUGAGGAGGGAUAUAGCAUCCGACCUGAGGAACCAGGCUCUACCAAAGGAAAACACUUCUACUCCUCAAGCGAAUCCGAAGAGGAAGAGGAGGCGCACAAGAAGUUCAACAUCAAGAUCAAGCCUUUGCAGGCUAAGGACAUCCUGAAGAGCGCAGCGACGGUGGAUGAGCUGAAGGCAUCGAUAGGCAACAUUGCACUUUCUCCAUCCCCUGUGAGGAAAAGUCCGCGGCGCAGCCCGGGGACGAUUAAAAGGAAUUUAUCCAGUGAGGAGAUCGCACGGCCCCGGCGUUCCACACCGACACCAGACCUCACCAGCAAGAAACCCGGGGAGGACCCGGCAGCGCUGGCCCCUCUCUUUGGGCCCCCCCUGGAGUCUGCGUUCGAGGAGCAGAAGCUGGAUGCUACCCUAGAUCAGCCUGAGAUAUGGGGCUCGGUCCAGCCCAUCAAUGCAAGCGUAGAGUCCCCAAAGCUACCGAGACCUUUUCCGACUGGAACUCCUCCACCGCUCCCACCCAAGAACAUCCCGGCCACGCCGCCACGCACCGGCUCCCCGCUGACGGUGGGAACAGGAGGGGACCAGACAGCAGCAGAGCUCAAAAGUGACAAAAAACUUCCGUCCAUCAAUGACUUGGACAGCAUUUUUGGCCCCGUGGUGUCCCCCAAGCCUGCUGCUGUUAACGCAGAAGUCAAGUGGGUCAAUUUUUCCGAUCAAUCCCCGGAAAACGUGACUCCGGAGUUGACGCCCCGAGAAAAAGCUGGGUCCCCAGCAGUGGGCAGCCCGGCCGACGCUCCCCGGGCCGAGCCCUCUCGCCCGCUCCCCUCGCCGCUCCACCUGGAAGAGGUUCACAAGAAGUUUUCUGAGCAUCCCUACCUUAAGGAUGAUAACUCGGAGCCAGCCGCCUCCCCCAAAGAUUUUGGGCUGGGACAAAGAGCGACCCCGCCGCCCCCUCCACCGCCCACCUACCGCACGGUGGUCUCAUCCCCCGGACCGGGCGGCAGCAGCGGCACGGGAAGCACCAGCGGGUCCUCGUCCCCAGCUCGUCCCGGCACGCCGCUGGCCGCCUGCGGCACCCCCCCGCCACCACCGCCCCGGCCCCCGUCCCGGCCAAAGCUGCCCCCCGGCAAGCCCAGCGUCACCGAUGUGUCCAGGCCUUUUAGCCCACCUAUUCACUCAUCCAGCCCUCCUCCGAUAGCACCUUUAGCCCGGGCUGAAAGUACUUCUUCCAUCUCUUCCACCAACUCCCUGAGCGCAGCCACCACUCCCACCGUCGAGAAUGAACAGCCUUCCCUCGUUUGGUUUGACAGAGGAAAGUUUUAUUUGACUUUCGAAGGCUCCUCACGGGGACCCAGCCCCCUCACCAUGGGGGCACAGGACACCCUGCCUGUCGCCGCCGCCUUCACAGAAACCGUCAAUGCGUAUUUCAAAGGGGCCGACCCGAACAAGUGCAUCGUGAAGAUCACCGGGGAGAUGGUGCUGUCGUUUCCAGCCGGCAUCACCCGACACUUUGCCAACAACCCCGCUCCGGCGGUACUCACCUUCCGCGUGCUGAACUACAACCGGCUGGAGCACGUCCUGCCAAACCCCCAGCUGCUCUGCUGUGACAACACACAGAGUGAUGCCACCACCAAGGAGUUCUGGGUCAACAUGCCAAAUCUGAUGACUCACCUAAAGAAGGUAUCGGAACAGAAGCCGCAAGCCACCUAUUACAAUGUGGACAUGCUCAAAUACCAGGUAUCUGCCCAGGGUAUUCAGUCUACUCCAUUAAACCUUGCAGUGAGCUGGCGGUGUGACCCUGCAAGCACUGACCUCCGCAUCGACUACAAAUACAAUACAGAGGCAAUGACCACACCGGUUGCUCUAAACAACGUCCAGUUCCUUGUCCCCGUCGAUGGAGGAGUAACCAAACUUCAAGCUGUGCUUCCUCCUGCUGUCUGGAAUGCUGAACAGCAAAGGAUAUUGUGGAAGAUCCCUGAUAUCUCUCAGAAGUCGGAAAAUGGAGGUGUGGGGUCUCUGCUGGCCCGGUUCCAGCUGUCAGAGGGGCCCAGCACCCCAGCCCCCCUGGCUGUGCAGUUCACCAGCGAGGGGACCACACUCUCCAGCUGUGACAUUGAGCUCGUCGGCGCUGGGUACCGCUUCUCCCUCAUCAAGAAGAGGUUUGCGGCAGGUAAAUACUUGGCUGAUAACUGAUGGGAGCUUAUGCAAGUCUAUGGAAAAUAAUACGGAAAACACCCAAGGACUGCUGUGCGUGGAACGGGUUUUAAUUACAGUUUAAGGAAAAUGAACUAAAUCCUGCACUCGGGACAUUUCUGUUGGAAGUGAUGACAACUUUCAGCAUUUUUUUUCCUUGGAAAACACCGUCUUGACCAGUCCUACAGUAUCUACUUCUAGAUGUAACAUUGUUAAUGGUUUUAAAAUGUAAUUAUUGUAUUUGUAAAUUGUACUCAUUCCAGUAAGGCUGUAUUUUGGCCGUUAGACACUUGAGUUUUAGCAUUUUACCAUUCAUGAAAUGGAUGUAAUUUAAACUGUGGUAUAUAAAUUUAAUAGUAGUACUGUUGAAUGGCACAAUGCUUACAGAGGUAGAUUACAUUUUGUCAAUAUAUACGAUUUAAAUACAAUACUGAUAGCUGUUAUGAAGGGGGUGCCUCAUAAAAAGAGAGUAAAAAUGACAGGCUGAUUUACUUUUUCUUCAGUCCUUAGUAUGUCUCACAGUGACGAAUAAAAAUCUCUGUCUUCAGGUUUAGCUGGUUUAAGUCCAGAAAAAUAUUGUUGUAAAUGUGGAGGUUCCUAGUACAGUCUCCCAGCAAAAUGUGGAAAAAAAUGUCACUUCUACAAAGAGUAUUUACAUCGAAUUUCCAUUACCACAAACCUCCGUGAACGUGCCCGUGUUCUCUUAGGGCCACAGAUGACCCGUCAGGAGUCCCAGCAGUGCGUAUGUAGGUGAUGAGUGCUUCUCUUUGCCCCAAGUCUUUACAUUUUGCAGACAUGUAGACAAGGAGAUAAGCAGGCAAAGAGGUUGGGUAGUUACUCUGACCUUACACACUGUCCAGAAAAGUUAUUGCUAUUUUUAAGGAUACACUUUCCUGAGCAGUAUCUAGAUUUUUGGUUGUAUUUCUAUGUUCCUUUGCUUGCUUUUUCUGUUAUUUUUUUCUUUGGUUGAUUGGCUUGAGGUUUUUUUUCCUAUUUUUGAAAGCCCCUACAUGUCGAUGGUGUGGCAGCUGCCAGGGUGGAGAGCUGGUUUCAAAGGGACAAUUUGGUGACGUGGGCUAAAAAACGGGGAUUUUUUCAAAAUUAUUUGCAGCUGGUGUUCAGAUGCAAAGAGCAGCGUAGGAGCAUCCACUAAAUGGGGUGCUGGCGACUUUAGAAAUGUGUGAGAUGACAAAUAGUGCUAAUUUUACAGUCACAAAUGCUGCCAGGAUAGGGCUUGUGCAUUUGUGCUGGAAAACUUUGUGCGUGUUGGGAUGUACUUUCUCACAGCAGUUUGGAGUGACGUAAGAAAACAGUAAUCUGUGCCCACCUUAAAAGAAAACAAGGAAAUCUGGAGAUAUUUCAGUUCUGAGGUGACUCCCAGACUGAGGUAUGUGUGAUAGGCUGCCUGAGUUGUGUGUGUGCUUAUAGGAGGUGUCAACACAGAGGUGAAAGCAGAAUUAAGUUACGCAACUUCAUACAUCUUCACAGUUUUUGAAAAGACACUUGCCAGAACUCCUGGAGGGAGUGUUCAACUCCAUUAAUAAUUUUUCCCCUGAAAUGAAAUUAUGUAUAAACUGUGUACCUUACCCCUUUCUGACAUAGGAAUAUAAAGCAAAAUUUAAGAAUCAGUUUUUGCAUAAUUGGUUCAUGCUGUAUACAAUUGUUAUAAACUCAUGCUUUGGAAAGUGAUCUAUGCCAUAGUCCUGAAAUUAAGGAUUUUAUAAUGUAAAUAUUACCAGAACAUAGAUAUUUUAGUUUAUAUUUCAUUUGAAAGACAAGGUGUUUACAUUAGCACUGUUUUUUUUAAAUGCUUUUUAAACAAAAACUUGCAUAACCCAAGGCUCGCAAGCUUGUCCUGUUUGUGCUGUCACAAAACCCACGUCACAUUUUCUGGGUGCGUGGGGGUGCUGUGAUGCAGCCCCUGUGGCCUGGGUAGAGAGAUGAGUCCUGCACCUUUUCUGGUGUGAAUUGCACCCCAGUUUGGUGUGCUGGCAGCCCCACGGGGACACCAUCCCCUUCCAGCCAUCAUAAGGUGACACAAAACAGCUAUUCCCAGCCCAAACACUUGGUUUUUCCCAGCAGUUUUGGCACAGGUGUUUUGUAUACUGCUUUUGGCAAUUUUUUUGUGUAGUGUUUCAGUUCACGGGGUGUUUGCUCAGCAGUGUCAAACUGCACGUCUCUGAUUUUCCUCCCUGCAUGGCCCUUGCGAGGAGACACUGUUCUGUGUCCAUGCCUGAGUUUUCCUGCCCUGCCGGUGUUUGAGCAGAGGGCAGAGCAGCCAAGUGCCCCAGGGAUGCUUAUUUUGUCAGAUUUUUGUCUUCCUGUGAGCGGUACGAGCGUGGCACCCCAGCAUUACCCUGUGUGCAGAGGGGGAACAGACCAGGUGAUUUUCUAAGCCUGACAUGCAGGAACCUGGCCUUCUUUCCACCUGGCUUUGAGAAGGUGUCAGCCAAAAAAAUAUUGUGAGCAGCAGCUUGGGAUGUAGCAGACUUAAAAAGGGUCAUAUAUAGGGAUGUUUAUCCCCAAUUUCAGCUUCCGUAGUAGCAGUGAGAGCGCUCUGGAAAGGGCAGGGGGGAUGCACUGCCCUGUUGCAUUCAGGGUGCUCGAGCUCUGCAGUCUUCAUCUCCGCUUUUAGGCAGGAAAAAAUGUGUAUUUUCAGAGAAUGCAUCUGUUGGGGCCUCCCUGCCCGCUAGCAGAGAGCAGCUACAUCAGUGGGGAGUUGAAAAAGCAGCGAUUUGGUUGCCUGUGAGUCACCUGCGUCCCUAGAGCCAAGCGUAUCUUGCUGGGCAUGUGGUCCCGAGGGGCUUUUCUCAAGUCAGGCUGAGGUUGAAAAGGAGGGCUCAGUCCUCCAGCACCGCACCCCUUAACUCAGCAGCACUCUGAGCUGGUUAUCUGAGCCAAAAAAAAGGCUAAAUUAAAAAAAAAAAAAAAUAGGUGUGAUGCAUGCACAGAAAGGCUUUGGCUUGGAGACUUGCGUGGGCAUGUCCUCAGCCACAUCUCCCCAGAGGGAUUUUCCUUGGGUCCCCCAGUAGCCACCAGCAGCCCAGUGCCCGCUGAUGGACUGGAAGUGUUUUUCCCCAUGAACAUGUGCAGAUUUGGGCAGCAGGAAGCCUUUUAAUUUGCAACUUUCAUCUUCUGUUUGUUGCAAAUAUUGACAAUUAUCAGACAGCUUACAGUGCUCCUCACAGGAGAUGUUUCAGACCAAUUUUCCACUUUAACAAUGUUUCUUAAUAUCUAUUAAAUUGCUCAAUAAUAUGAAAUAUUACCAAAUAAUAAGCUUUUCAUUUGGUGCUUGCAUUUAUUCCUAAAUAUCACUCCCCUCUUAUAAAGCUGCUGCUUGUUUUUGCUGUAAGGCCACUGUUCAAACUCUAUUCCCACCCAGCUCCUGCAGCAUGACCAUCACAUAGAGAUUCACCACAUCACUUCUUGCAGCAAAAGCAUUUUUAGAUGGCUGGGCUGCAAUGAAAAGGUGUCAUAUUUUUAAAUGACCUAAGAGAGAGUCAAACAUCUUUUACUAAAAAUGUUUGGAUCUCACCCUCGGUUCCCCAUCUCCUUCGGCACCCGUGCAGUUCUGCCUCACAGAGGAAUCCUGCUUCAUUCAGCUUUUUUUCUUUUUUCUUUUUUAAAAUGAUAGCCCCAAAUAUAUAACAAUCACAUUGUACUUUCCUGGUAAGAAAUUACUGUCUCAAAUAUUUCAAUUCAUAGCCAGAAUUCUUCUUUUCUUCUUCUUUUUCUCACAACUUCCCAAGGAAAGUAAUUCUCACGGUGCUGGGGAGUUUUUAUGAUUGUCAGUGUUUUAAUUUUUGUUUCAUUGCAAGGCUAGAAAAAGAUUUGCAGAAAUACCUGUCCGCCCCCUGUGUGACCUCCGCUACCACUUUAGGAGUGACUGCAGAUAACGCCGCUGACAGUUUUUCCUCAAAGUCAGAAAAGUUAAUGUGGUGAUGCUCUUCAAAGGUUUGCACACAAGCAGGACUUCACUACAGGCCAAGCAGUACGGGAUGAAACACACCAGGUGUUAGCGAGGCAUUCAGAAUAUUUUAUUCCUCCCUUAGAAAUCUCUCUCUUCUAAGACACAGUGGGAAUCACUGAGGAUGUGCGGCCCUGCUGUUGGGUUCAAAAUCCACGCAGGAGGGGUUUUCCCCUCCAAAGCGCUCUAAAAUUGGUGAAAUCACACAGUUGCUUUGACAGCAUAAACCGUAUGGAGAUGUUAGUUGUGGUCUGAGAGAGGAGUCAAGCCAGGCUGAGGUUUGGUGCUCUGGUUCUGCAGCCACGGGCUGGUGGGUGGAAGGUGCAGGAGAACCUCUCUGAGACACCUCUGAGCCCAGAGGAACCCCCAGAAGUUGAUUGGAUUUCCCAGGGUAUCACCCUGUAUCAUUUUAUGAACUCCUUCAUGUAUAAAAUGUUUAUAAAUAUUUGUGGAUUAAGAUACACAGGUCUAUUUUUAAGAUUUAAGUUAAUUAAUGGCUGGCCUUUUUUGCCUAAACGUGCAAUGAGAUAUAUUAUACCUUUAGUCUACGAUGGCCUAGGUACUGCUUAGUCUGUGACGAAAACUUUGCUGCUUACCUACUGUUCUCAGAGAAAAAACUAUAAAAGACAUACAGGUUUGUUGCACACGGACUAUUGCAGCAAAGCUUUGUAUUUGACCACUGGUAAUAUGAAUGUGUUGUAUUGACUUGUUGAAGAUAAUCAUGAAACAACAUAUUUUAAUUGUUACUUGCCUUAUAGGUUAGAAUACAACUAUGUGGAUAUCAUUUUUGUAAAUAAUGUUUUUUAUAAAUGUCUUUCCUCCAUUUUCCCCGUCACCCAUCUCACAAAAUCUUGAAUAUGCAAUUAUUUACCACGCAUAAUGUUGCAACAAAUAAAUCCCCACGUCAGAACAAAGUUUAUUAAUCCUAUACAUAAGAAUCACAUUAAAUACCCAAUUCAGUUGCAAUUUAAAUGUGAUUUUUUUUUCCUUGAAAAUAAACAAAGCCCGUAAACCACUA